CACUGCAUAUAUCUGGCAGGGUGCAGUGAGGCGAGGCCCUGCAGCAUUCUCACUUCUCCUCAGCUGGACCUGACUGACUACAUCUGCAAAGAUGAUGAAAGGUAUGAUCGUCAAGAAUAUGUCCUUCAAGGUCGGACAGAAAAUGACCAUAGUUGGAGUCCCCAAGCCUGACGCUACAAAUUUUGCGGUGAACAUUGGGCCCAAUGAGCAGGAGAUUACUAUGCAUAUCAACCCUCGUUUUAACGCCCACGGAGAUGAGAAUACGGUGGUCUGCAACUCUUACCAGGGAGGCAACUGGUGUGAGGAGCAGCGUGAGACAGUCUUUCCUUUCCACCAGGGAGAGGAGUUCAAGAUCGUCAUUGAAUUCACCCCUUCAGAGUUCCUGGUGACUUUGUCAGAUGGCUCUACGAUCACCUUCCCCAACCGCAUGGGUGCUGAGAAGUAUUCCCACAUCAGCUUUGAUGGGGAAGUUCGCAUCAUAAGCCUUGAGAUCAAAUAAACCUCCACCCUUCCGGCAAAUUCAGUUUUUCUUUUUCACUUUGUCUAGCAUCAGAUUGCAUAUAGCCCCAGCUUUUAGGUUCCUGAAUACCACGUAUCAGUAGUGCCUUACAUGUUUACUGUUAUGCAAGAAUGUAGUUGACACAACAUGGAUAAAGAAGAUAAGCAAAUGCAAGUCAGAUUUACCCAAAGAAACACAUACAGUAUAUUAUAGCUGCACGUCCUCCCUGCACACUUGACAGACCUGCCGACUGACAAGCAAACCAAACAUGAAGUAGUCCAAAGCCUGUGUUAUCUGACUGUUAUUUGCUCUGCAGUUUGCAGCGUUUAGGUGAAAAGUACCAGAUAAAAUGUGAUCCAUUGUUCUUUAAGGUGCCUUGAAAUGCUGCAUGCUCUCAUGUUUUCCCUCCCAGACAUUCCAGAUGUAUGACUGAAUACAAUGCUUGCCUUUACAGUAUUAAAGCAAGUCCUUGAUAAA